AUGCAGCUGACUCGCACCGUCUUCAUUGUUGCCUUUACGGCCAGUACCGCCAAUGCAUUGCCCACUGGUCAUCGUAACAUGAAUCCGGUGGACUGUGCUGGGACCCCCGAGCGAAACGAGGGCAUUCUUAACGGCGUCUCAGGUGCCCUAGAGAAACAAUCACACCACUGCUCGGAAAAUUCUCAGGGCAAGUCUGUUUCCGACCGCGGCGAGAGGGAGGCGGCGAGCAGCACAAAAGACUCCGUGGCCCAGCUAAUUCCCCACGGAGACGAAAAAAACGCCAUCUUCAGCGGUAUUGGACGGCAAUCCAAGGGCAUGAUGCAAGUCAUGAACACUCCUAAGUCUCGGCUCAAUGACCAGGACUCGACCCGCUCUCCUGUUUACCGGGAGACGGCCAUGUCUCCCUCCCAGCAUAGCUCCACAGCAGCGUCAGAUACUGAGGGAAAGACAAAGUGGAAAGCGGGUGACAAGGCGACAACGCCCAAGCGCAACAUGAGUUUCACUCUCAAGAUCCGCGAACUUCUCAACUCCCUCGGCAGAGGCAGAGACCAGGAGUACUCAAAACAGGUGGACGACAACGAUCUGGCUGAGGCCUCGACUGGGAUCCGUCAAGACCGGGCCCGAGUUCAUCAGAACCCAUCUGACGAGAUGAAGGUUGACCACAGGGAGCAGCAGACUUCACAUGGGCCCCAGGACCAGCGCGCCGAAAACGUCGCAUCAGGUCUCCAGGACUACGACACCACUUAUCAGGAUACAUCUCGGACUACGGUCCCCAUGACCCCCAAGGUUCCCCGCUCGCAUAUUGGCAUGCCCAUGGUUCACCCGCAAGAGGACGGCAACAACAUGAGCCCGAACCACAGCAGCCAGCAGCAGAGCAACGUCAAUCUUGACAAGAAGGAGGAGAUGCAGUCUCACUCUGACAUGAUGGAAUGCCUCCACACUGCCAAGGGCGAUAUUCACGAACAGAGCCGUUGCGUCAGCUCCCAGUACAGGGAGCAGUCUAGCGUCUAGGACGGUGUACGCCUUGAGGAAAGGAACUGCUCAACCGUUUGUGGUCGGCAGUGGAGAAUGGGGUGGCAAGGGAGGGGAUGAUUCAGAAGGGGAGAGGAUGACGGGCGGAUGGAUUAACGCGCGGUUCUUGAUUCAAGGCGGUUUCCUUGGUUCUUUCAUGUUGAUUUCAACAUAACUUAACUCUUCCAUCUGUUCCUCUCUUCUAGCUUCAAUCCUUCAACGGAUGUUGGCCCUUCCUGUACUUGCGUUUGCUUUUGUUUUUCAGCAUUGAUCAUGGAUAUCCGGGGCCGUUGGGCCCUCCAUGGAUCCUGACCG